AUGCCCAGCCAAUUACAAGCACUAGAAAAAGGCGAAUUUCGCCCAGCAGACUCGGGAGAUCUACGAUCCCCCUGCCCUGUCCUCAAUUCUCUUGCGAACCACGGAUUUAUUCCACGCGACGGUCGUAAUAUCACUGCAAAUCAGCUCAAAGAUGCUCUUCAGCGCAUUGGUACUGGUGUCGAUAUCCGACAUACACUAGUGAAUAGAGCAUUUACGGUCCAUGAUGAGACUUCUCACAUCGGCCUCCGGAAUCCGGGACAAGUGAAUGAGUCUGGAAUGCCUGUGUUAAAUCUGGACCAGACUGGUCGUCCUCAUGCUAUAGAACACGACGUGUCUCUCUCUCGAGAAGACCGCGCUCUAGGCGACUGCAUUAAAGCAGACCCAGAUUUGGUCGAUAAAUUGAUCCAGUAUCCAGGCAACAAAGACUCAUUCACCAUUUCCGACCUUGGUCGGUUCCGUAAGCGUCGACAUACAGAGCAAAUGGCAAGGAACUCUGAUCUAAAAUUCGACUCUUCAAAACACAAGAAGGCUUGUGGUGAAGCUGCCCUUUUCCAGUCCAUUUUUGGAAAGGGUGUCUUCUACAACCUGCCAACCAAAUACGUCAAAUCGAUGUUUCAGGAGGAGCGUUUGCCUUAUGAAGAGGGUUGGAAACCACGAUGGAUUCCGGUGAUGUUUCCAGAGCUGUGGAUAUUACAGAUAGUGAUAUCGCAUUAUGCUUCGCCAACUUGA